GUUUGGACGGCCGAGCCCGCCCACUUUGCGUUGCGUGAAUUUCUCUCACUUCAAGAACGGUUUGCGGACUGUGUUUGACCGGAUCUCCACAAAGGCGUUCUCUCGGGCAUCGCAAGGGGCCAGAGACGGACAUGAGGACGUACAUCGCGCUGUGCCUGUUUGCAGGCCUACUCCUGGCGGCGGAAGCUCGGUCGAAGCACCACCAUGGGAAGAAGCACGUGAACGCCAACUCUGAAGUCGAGAUGGUCGCCCAGGACGAGAAGGCGAAAUUGGAAGAGAAGCGCGAAGAAGAACUUGUCCUGAAGGAUCCCUGCAGCAAGGUGCGCUGCGGUCCAGGCCGCCGAUGCAACGUCAACGAGGAUCGGACCGCCACGUGUGAAUGCGUUACCGAAUGCGCGCCCGAACCUGAUGACCGGCGGAAGGUCUGCAGCAACCACAACGAGACCUGGGAUAGCGACUGUCUCCUCUACCAGAUGCGUUGCAUGUGCGAGGAUGAAAAGGAAGGCUGUAAAGAUGAGAAAUACGAGCACAUGCACGUGGACUAUUACGGCUCCUGCAAAGAGCUACCCAAGUGCGAGGGAGACGAGCUCGAAGAGUUUCCACGUCGCAUGAGGGAAUGGCUCUUCAACGUGAUGCAGGACCUCGCACGUCGCCACAUGCUCGGUGAGCCAUACAAGAAACUCGAAGAGGAAGCAGAAACGUUGCAGGAACGUCAAUGGGUUAACGCAGUCAUCUGGAAGUUCUGCGAUCUCGAUGCUCACCCUCACGACAGGUCCGUCUCCCGCCACGAGCUGUUCCCGCUCCGAGCUCCCCUCAUUUCUAUGGAACACUGCAUCGCGCCGUUCCUCGACAGCUGUGACAGUGACAGUGACCACAUCAUCACACUUAAAGAGUGGGGAGCAUGCCUUGGAUUGGAAGAAGGGGAAAUUAAAGACAGGUGUGCUGAAAUCACAGGCUGAGGAUCUUGCAGAGAGCUUCGCAAUGCCAGCAUACCCGACGUUAUGUGUGCUAGAGUUCCACACUGCCAUUUAUGAGAGUGUUUUCGUGUUGGAAUUGUUCUCUGUACAGUGUCUCGAGCUUGUACUACAUGCGCAACAUGACCAGCAUGGCUCCUGUUCAUUGUUAAGCUUGCCUAGAGAAGGCUUUGUAAAAUGUAUGUACUUAAAUGUUGAUGACUGUCUGUUGUCUAACUUAAAUAAAAAUUGUGCUACAAAAUA